GAUAAGGCCGUUUUAUUGUAUUUCAUCGCCUUUGUUCUUCGUUCUGUACGAAUUUGUUGGACCUCCACGCAUUAUGGAAAUAAGCUAUAAGACGUUUAACUACAUUUAAGUGUUGCAGAGCGUCUCGUUGUAUUCUCGUCUCAGUGCAGGUGAAGCUUGUCGGGCUAGCUUAGCUUGCUAGCUGCUAGCAAAGAGAAAGAAAAGUGGACAAGACUUCGCUAAACUGACAUCAAAUGUGAGUGCAAAGUGAAAGUGGACAAAUGAUGGCAUAGAAGAAGAACUUUCUGGAACAAAAGAGGAACGUACUGGACGCUGUUUGCAGCAAACAUCAAAGAGCAGCAGACGUCCGUGAAGAGCAUCUUCAUCCUCGGCAGCAGGAGUGGACCUCCAGGAUGGAGCAGGAGGAGCCACAGCCCCCCCAGGUUAAAGAAGAAGAGGAAGAACACAUCAUCAAUAUGGAGGGAGACCCUCUUGGAGGACCGGAGGAGUUCCCAGUGAUCCGUGUCAUCGUGAAGAGUGAAGAAGAUGAUGUCAAAGGUGAAGGUGAGGAGAGGAGAGAGGCGGAGAGACCAAGCAGCAGCUCAACUCAACACAUGACAACAGAAGGUGAUGGUGGAGGAUCCCAAGCAGACUUAGUUCCACUCUCAGAUAGAGACGACACGACUUCACACUCUGCUGAGGAUGACGAUGAUGAAGCAGAUCCAACAUGUCCGACUGACAACACACACUUUAAAUGUUCUCACUGUGACAAAACGUACGGCAACAAGUCGACUUUGAAAACACACAUGAUGAUUCACACGGGCGAGAAACCAUUCAGCUGCACAUUCUGCGGCAAAAGAUUCUCCAUCAAAGGACGCAUGAUAACGCACACAAGGACGCACACAGGAGAAAAACCAUAUGCCUGCUCGCUGUGCGACAAGACCUUCUCUCACCAGUCAGCGUUUGUGCGGCACAAAAGGACGCACAUGAGCGAGAAGCCCUUCACCUGCAACGUUUGCGGUAAAUGCUUCGCCCUUGUCGGAGGUUUGAAAACCCAUCUAAGGACUCACACGGGCGAAAAACCCUAUUCUUGCUCCGUCUGCAGCAGAGGUUUUUGCGACCAUUCGUCGUUUGUCCGGCACGCCAGGACACACACCGGGGAGAAACCAUAUUCUUGUGCAAUCUGCAGCAGGAGUUUCACGCAGACGUCGGCGUUGGUCAAGCACGCCAGGACGCACACCGGGGAGAAACCCUUUGUCUGCUUAGUGUGUGGCCUGAGGUUAACCCAGAAGUCGCACUUAACCACACACAUGAGGAUACACACCGGCGAGAAAGUGUUCAGUUGCCGUGUGUGUGAUGAGAGAUUCUCCUACAAGUACCAGGUCAACGACCACAAGUGCGCUGGUGAGCACAGCAGCAGUCAGUGCCAGGAAUUUGACAAACUUUGACUCCCACGCUCAUGUUCAUGUGCUUCAAAAUGUAUAAUUCUGAAGUUGAUUAGAUCAGAUUUGUUUGAAUCAUGGAGACCGUGUGUGUUGUCUUUGGAGACGGUUUACAAUUUGUUUUGAUGACUAACAGUUAAUAACAAUAAUAAUUAUAAUACAUCACAUUUAUAUAGCACUUUGAGACCUGAGACUUUUAAGAUACAGGUAAAAGCCAGUAA